AUGCAUGUGCCUCAGAGAAUACGGAAGAAAAACUCUCGGUUUUACAAUGAAGAAGAAGAAUCUGGUUAUUGUAUCAAAACUCCGAAGAAACAAGCGAAAACACCCACAUCCAAUUUGUCGACAUCGUACAAUAGACUUUCCAGCUCGCCUGACAAAAAGAAAGCAUAUGCAAUUGGUAUCCCUCUCCGCAACCUGCUCAAGUUACCUAAAGCUCACCGAUGGGUCUGUUACGAAUGGUUCUACUCAAAUUUAGAUAUGCCUUUAUUUCAAGGAGAAAACGAGUUUUGCAGUUGUUUGAGGGAGUCUUUCCCUCAGCUUAAAACCAAGCUUUUACGGAGGGUAGAAUGGUGCAAGAUUCGACGUCUCAUGGGUAAACCUCGCAGGUGCUCAGCUGCUUUCUUCAAAGAGGAACGUGAUGCUCUCGACCAGCGGCGUUGUAAAAUCCGGUUACUACAGCAGAGGAAACUGCGGGAGUUGACAAACUUCAAGGACUUGCCAGAAGAGAUACCCAUGCAUUUGGUCAUCGGAACCAAAGUAACAGCACGGUUCAGGAAGGUGCAAGACGGUUUGUUCACGGGAUCUGUGGAAGCCCUAGACACUGUUAACAACACGUACAGAGUGAUCUUCGACCGAGCUGGCUUGGGUACGCAUUCCAUCUCCGACUACGAGGUUUUGAGCACAAGUCCACAAGAAACGACACCAUUAUCAGCCUUUCAGCAGCGGCACCGAUCGAAGUUGACGACAUCCCAUCCUCCGAGGUUUGCUCCUCGGAUAGGGUCACCCAGUCACCAACUGGAGAACGAUCCCCUUCUCAGCAGUUCUCCCAUAAAAACCCAGUUUCGGAGUUUAGAAGGGGCCACUUAUGGAGGGUUUCCAGUGAAGUUUUUGUUACAUGUUAUUAAAUUAUCAAAAAUACUCUUAAUGAAAAAAGAUUGGAUAAAGAAAUUAAAAGAAAUGAACUGUCACGCAGAAAAAUUUGAAUCAUUACAGAAACCAAUUACCUAUGAAUUCCAGCGGAAAUACGCUGGUGUCGUCCUUGAACUGGAACGUUUAAACAAGGAAUUACAGAAAUACCUUAACAGUGUGCAGCACUUCUGCCAGGAGAUUGUUCCUGAACAGGGCCUACCUGCGAUAGACCAACCGUCGGAGAUUAAGCAGAGAUGUGAGGACGAGGCCCAGAGAAUGGUCGAGAAGGUUCGCCUGGUAAGUUGGAGUGGAUCUCCGCACUGUCACUUUGCACUUUGCCCACUAGCACCACCAACACCAUCACCACUCCAGCCACCACUUUGCACUACAUCCCCAGUUUCCAUCCAAAUUCCUUUACCAUUUUUUUUUUUCUUCUUUUUCUCUUCCCAGACAUUUGCUGAAAAUGAUUUCAAUUCUUUUGAAUUCUGUUCCCUUCAAGACAGCUUGGAUGAUAUUAAGAAAAGUUUGGAUGGCAAUAACAUAAACUCUUUCCAGAACAAUGUGGAAAUUCACAUCAACCAUAUCCAGAGUGGGCUGAGCCAAAUGGGAAACCUUCACGCCUUCUCCACCACUGCCAGUUUCACUACUCCAACGACCCCUGACUUCAACCCCUGUAACCUUUGACUUCCAGUCCCCCUCCCCAUCACUCUGUUGUUGUUUGUGGGUAUGCUUGUGUAUGUGUGUGUGUGUAUGUGUGCAUGUGUACUUGCGUGCGUGUGUUUGUGUGAUCCCAGCAGUUCUAAUAUCAAUCUUAACGCUCUCGCCUCCUACUCCUCCUCUUUUCCUCUCAUUCUCGCCAGUCGCUGGGCUGUGGUGAGGAUUGGGACGACCUGUGGCUUGAACUCCCUGUGUACAGUUUCUGUAGAUAUUUUCAUUUGAUCUUGCAGGUGAACCCUGACCCCAGAUUAUUUAUUCAACUUAUUGCAAAAUUUAUUUUGGUGUGUGAACACACACACAUACACACGUACACACACACACGUAUGCUAACUGUUGUUGGCGACUAACUGUAUAUAUGUAUAUGAUAGGUAAUUAUUCAUGAAUGAAUGUAUAUGUAAUGCAUAUACGCGUGUUUAUAUAUAUAUAUAUAUAUAUAUAUAUAUAUAUAUCUGUGUAUCUAUGUAUGCAAAAGAACAUGUACUGAUGUGUGUUUGUGUGUCCGCAUGUAUGUGCAAGAGAGCAUGCUUACGUGUGUAUGUGUGUUUAUGAGUGUGCCUAUUUAUGUAUAUGUAAGAGCAUAUAUAUUGGUGUGUGUGUAUAUAUACCUAUGUAUUCACGUGUGUGUGUCUAUGUAUGUACAUAUAUGUAUAUGUGUGUGUGUAUGUGUAUGUUUGCAUAUGUAUGUGUAUGUAUAUAUAUAUAUAUAUAUAUAUAUAUAUAUAUAUAUAUAUAUAUACAUACACACCCAUACAUACAUGAAUGUAUGUUAGAAAAUUACUAUUUUUAAAUCUCACAACGUGAGAUAUUCAGCAACAGUACUUUGUAGUAAAGAUUGUUUGCCAACAUAACAUGGCAGUACUGGUUUAGGACGAAUGUUGCUGUAAUUUAGCCCCAGGAGACCUCGUCUCCAGCUGGCUAUACGACAUGAUCUGUGUCCUUAUAUUUUCGAACAAGGGAAUCUAGCGCCCCCACUCAGCUCAAAACAAUAUCUGUGUAUCGCGAUUUCCGGCUUAAUUUCCCUUCAUCAGCUGGAAAUCGCGAUACAGACAUAUUGUUUGAGCUGAGUGGGGGUGCUAGAUUCCCUUAUUCGAAAAUAUAAGGACACAGACCGUGUCGAAUAACCAGCUGGAGACGAUGUCUCCUGGGGCUAAAUUACAGCAACAUUAGUCCUAAACCAGGACUGCCAUGUUAUGUUGGCAAACAAUCUUUGCUAUGAAUUUAUGUGUAUGGGUGUGUAUUCAAGUCUUGAAUAUAUUUGUGACUGAGCCUAUAUAAUAUCUAUUUGUGUGAGGGUGUAUAACUAUGAAGAUAUGUAUAUACAUGUAUAUAUAUAUAUUAUGUAUAUAUAAAAUAUAAUGCAAUAUGAA